AUGUGGUACUUGGAAGAGAGUGAAAUAUGUACACUGUUGAUUAGUGGAUCCUCAUCGUUUGCGCUGCCAGAAACAGUGAGCGUUUGCAGUUCCUCUAGCCGGGGGAGUCGACUCCAAGAAUACACUAGGGACACUUCCGGUUUCCAUCCUUCCGCUGAAGAAGUCGAAGAAAACCAAGAGAGGGACGCCAGUUUUCGUGACGCUCUUCAACACCGCCACCUGGUGAGACUCCAUGGGGAAUCCCCGAAUCUCAGGGAUGGCUGGCUUUCCCCUGUCUCCCACUUCGCUGGCGAAGCUGAGAAAAGGUUUCGUCCGAGUGGGUUUCUUGGAAGUAGAGGCAAGCGUCUACUUCCUGGUCUGGAGCCCUUGCUCCUAGCUCGGUAUUAUCAGGAUGCUGAGAAAUGGAAGAGACAGCCUCACCUAGGAUUCCAUGGUUCUAGAGGAUAA